AUGGCAGAAGAAUUCAACGGAUUUCUUCCACCAACCCCAAACUCUCCCCUCCCCGAGGGAAUGCAAAUGCUGCCAGGAACGCACAAGGAAGACGAACCCCCCAGAGUCACGGACUAUCAAGUAGCACCAGUAGUAAAUGAAGAACAUUUUCAAAUGAACUUAGGCGGCAAGGUUCCAUCAAAUUGGACCAUGGACCAAAUUGCACAUUACAUUAAAUUUGCUGGACCCGACGAUAGCGUAUUUGUUGAAAAGGCUAAAGACUUGUUGCGUGAAAAGGGAUACAACGUCUAG